GGUCCCGCCCUGGCCGGCUCUGGUCCGCAGAACGUCCCCGUCCAUGCCUCUCCCGCCGGGCCCUCGCCAGGGGUCCCCAGUCACUGGUCGCCCGUGAGACCUCUCCAGACAUCUGCCCCAUUAACGCCCCCACGCACGACAGCUGCCACAGCGCCCUCGUUUGCGGCGAGCCCCGAAACUGCUGCCAGGGCCCCCACUAAUGCUUUCUCAGAGGCUCGCCUGUGCAUAACCCCCGUCGUUGCCUCCUGUAGGACAGCCCCCGAACGCCCCAACACUGCCCUCCCACCCUCCGUUAGUAGCCCCCACCGGCUGCCUCCAGAGGGUUGCGCUAGUGCUGUGCUGCGGGACUGCCCGAUCUCUGUGCACACACCACAGCCCCCGCGUCCUGCACCCCCCGCCCGCCCCCUCCUCGUGUAAAAAUACUUUCUGUUCUGGUCUGCAGCCCAGAAUGCCUUUUUGUCCUUGUGCAGCACCCCCGCCACCCGCUGUAGGUCUUGAGAAUACCCCUUGCCAGCGCCCCGCGCCCCGCGCCCCCCCCUGCCCCCCAGAGAACAGCUCCCUCUAGAGUUUUGCUCUCACACCCACAUCCUCUCCCCCUUCAGGUAGAAAUCGCUGCCGGUUGGGCCCCAGGCUCCGUUGAAAUGCUUGUGCCCCGCCUCCCUCCCCUCCCCCACCUGGGGCAGCCCCUGUCUUCAGCCCUUGAUCCCACAGAACAGUGCCCCACACUGAGGCUGUCCCUCAGGCUGCACCUCUUUCGCUGGCCCUAAGGACUCUCUGCCUGCCACUUCUUGCCCAGCUCCAUUUCAUCUUCCUGGACACGUAGAGGAGACCCCCAGCCUCCCUGUGGCCUGACCUGUUCUACCUAGGCAUUGAUUGGCUGAUUAAUUCAUACAUGAAUUCAGAGUUGUAGGUACAGGGCAUACACAGGUGAAGGCGAGAGAUACACACAGUCAUUCAUUUUGUGGGUUUACAGUUUGAGGAGAGGGUUAAAAAAUGAGUGAAUCAGAGAAAUGCUGUUUUCUGGGUUCUCCCAGAGCCCAGUGGGCUGCUUCAGAGGUGAAACCUGAAUUAGCAGAGGUGACUUAGCCAUGUAAAGAUCUGGGUGGACUGUUUCAGGGAGCCAGAAUAGCAAGUGCAAAGGCCCUGAGGUGGCUGGGAUCAUGGUGAGUGGAAGAGCACCAGGUGAGGCCUGUGAGGUUGGAGCAGAGAAACUGAAGAGAAGGACGAGGAGAGAAAGGGUUUGAUCCCACAGGGCCUUGGGGGUAAGGGCGUUGUGAUCAAUUAUCUGGCCUUUGUCAUCUCUACCAAGCCCAAAUUGGUCUUCAUUUGUUCAUUCAUUCAUUUGUUCCACAAGUGUUUGAUGAGGACCUCUUAUACUCUGGUGCAACAGAAUGGCUAGGGAUGCAGUAGAGAACAAAAUAGACAAAAAUUCCUGCCCUUCUGGAGUGCCUAUGCUAGUUCAUGGGACAAUUAAAAAACAAAAUACCUAUGUGAAGAAAAUGUAGCAGACAGGGUAUAGUUGCAGGGGAGAGGGCAAGAAGGCCUCCUUCAAAAGAUUCCCAUGGUCAUCCUGUUGCUUCAAAAUGCCACACACCAAAAAGUUACAGCUGUGUGUGAACCUCGUUCCUCCUGGACAACUGUGGCGAAGUGGCCAAGCAGCCAAGGGGCUGCUCUUUCCAGCUCCCCACUAAGAGUGAAGUGGUUGGGGGGGGGGGUGAGUCCUGCAUUCCUCCAGUGCUCACAUAUCUGGACAAACCACGUUCUCUUUUCCGAGCCCUAUUCAUUCACUUAGUUCAUGUAUAUUUUCAGAGAUUGACAUUUUUCUCGAUCUUGGGAGCCCACCUUCUCCAGGGGGAGGCUGACAACAAGUCAAGCAGAAUAUCUGGUUUAUUAGGUGAUGCUGACAGGGAAAGACAGAAAUGCAGCAGGCUGGGAAGAGCAGGAAUGUUGGUCUGAAUGAUAGGAUACAGGGGUCAUGGAGAGCAUCACCAAGGAGACAGCAUUUGAACAGAGACAUGGAGGAGGUGAGGGGGAGAGAGAGAGGUGUAUAAAUAACAAUCAGAGUAUUCCAGGCAGAAGGAACAGCCUGUGCAAGGGCCCUGGGGCAGGAAUGUUGGCACAUUGGAGGAGCAGCCAGGUGGCCGUGGAGUCUAUGCAGGUCAUCAUAAAGACUUUGACUUUGAGUGAGAUGGAUGUCACUGCAGGGUCUGAGCAGGAGAGGGACAAGUUUGGCUUUAGUCCUCCUGUUUAUUAAAUGAGUAAUAGCGGUGCUUAUCUUAUGAACCUGUUAUGAAGUCUCAGACAAGAGCCAUAAGGCACCUAGUAACAGUGCCUGUUGGUGUUCAGUAAAUGCUGGUGGCUAGUUCUGGGGCCAGGUGGCAUGGCAGUGGGGUGGAGUCUAUUUCUAGUAUAAGAUGGAGUGGGGGCCUUCCCUUGUUUCGGAGAGCGAAUAGUGAAGGACGGCAUGCUGUCGUGGGUAACACUCUCAAACCCCAUUCCUUCAGUUCCUGGCUCUGCUACAGCCUGUUACUGGGGUGACCUUAGGGGAUUUGUUGACCUCUGUAGCCCUCAGUCUCUUCUUCUGUGAAACAGAGUUAAUAACGGUAAUCAUGCUCUUGAGUUAUCAGGAAGACUCACUGAGUCAACAUAUGUAAAGGGUUUAGAACAGCUUGGCCCACGGAAAGCACUUCACGGUCCGUGUCAUUCUGUGUCACUGUUACUGUUAUUAACAGGCUAGACUUUUCACAAGUCAACUCUGGUGCAACAGAAUGGCCCACAGGUCCUGGUAUCAGAAAGACCUGGAAUCCAAUAUGUGCUUUCCCCUUUACUGAUUGCGUGACCUUGGGGAAAUGACCCCCUGCACCCCCCUGCCAGUUUCCCCACUUAGAAAGUGGCCCCAGCAGUAGUGCAGGACCACUGUGAGGCCUCGGGGUGAUGCUACAGCUCAGACUAGUUGAACAGUAAACAUAGCCGUUCUGAUUAGGACUGCGGGGGCUCCCCCCCAACCCCCAGUCAUGCCGCUCUCCACACAAAACCCUCCCAUGACUCGCCGCUCCUUAGACACUAAUUGAGGGCUUGGAGAGGAAACGCCUCCUGUUGCCCAGUGGAAAUACGGUGAGCCUGAGUGGUUCUGCCCUCCAGUACUACUACCUGCUCCUCACAGCCGCCACUCUUGGGCAUUUUUCCACUGGCCCUUGGGUCGGAUGCUCCUUAGAACAUCCCUGCCCUUCGAAUUCCCUCUUCUGGGGACCACCCCACCAUGUCACCUCCAUCUCUGCUAACUGCCCCCCUCCCUUCCUCAGGGAGUUCUAGGCAGCUCAGUCUCCUCCCUUCGCUUAUUCAACAGGCGUUUACGAAUAGAGGCUAGCAGUUUACCUCUGGGCCCUGCUUUAGCUGCAUCUUCACGAAGUUUUGGGUCUCCCGUCGCCCACCCUGCCCAAGAUGGAGGCAAACUCAGCAGGCAGUGCCGCUGGGGGUGGUGGGGGCAGCGGCAUAGGGGGCGAGGACGGGGUUCACUUCCAGAGCUACCCCUUCGACUUUCUGGAGUUCCUUAACCACCAGCGCUUUGAGCCCAUGGAGCUCUACGGGGAGCACGCCAAGGCGGUGGCUGCGCUGCCCUGCGCCCCCGGGCCGCCGCCCCAGCCCCCGCCCCAGCCCCCUCCGCCCCAGUACGACUACCCGCCCCAGUCCACCUUCAAACCCAAGGCAGAGGCGCCGUCUUCGUCGUCAUCCUCGUCGUCUUCGUCGUCCUCUUCCUCCUCUUCCUCCCAGGCCAAGAAGCCCGACCCGCCCCUGCCACCCACCUUCGGGCCCCCCCCGCCCCCCCUAUUUGAUGCUGCCUUCCCCGCCCCGCAGUGGGGCAUCGUCGACCUCUCUGGACACCAGCACCUUUUUGGGAACCUGAAACGAGGAGGGCCCGCCUCUGGGCCGGGGGUGACACCGGGGCUCGCGUCCCCCACCGGCACGCCAGGGCCUCUUCCAGCCCCCUCCCAGACCCCACCGGGACCUGCCACGGGGGCAGCCUGCGACCCGAGCAAGGACGACAAGGGCUACUUCCGCAGGCUCAAGUACCUGAUGGAGCGACGCUUCCCGUGUGGUGUGUGCCAGAAGUCCUUCAAGCAGUCCUCGCACCUGGUCCAGCACAUGCUGGUGCACUCGGGGGAGCGGCCGUACGAGUGCGGCGUGUGCGGCCGCACCUACAACCACGUCUCCAGCCUCAUCCGCCACCGCCGCUGCCACAAGGACGUGCCGCCCGCCGCCGGGGGCCCACCGCAGCCGGGGGCGCCGCUCCCACCGCUGGGCCUGCCCGCGCCAGUAGCCGGCGCGCCCCCCACCACCGCCCCCACCCCAGUGUCCUCCGGCCCGCCCGCGCCGCCCCCAGCCGCUGCUGCCUCUGCCGCCGGAGCUGCAACCGGGGCCGCCACCGCCGCGGAAGGGACUGGUGCCCCUGCCGGGGUGGGCGUGCCCCCUCCCGCGUCUGGGGGCGGCGAGGGCCCGUUUGCCUGCCCGCUCUGCUGGAAGGUCUUCAAGAAGCCCAGCCACCUGCACCAGCACCAGAUCAUCCACACCGGCGAGAAGCCCUUCUCCUGCUCCGUGUGCAGUAAGAGCUUCAACCGCAGGGAGAGCCUCAAGCGGCACGUGAAGACGCACUCGGCUGACCUCCUGCGCCUGCCGUGCGGCGUCUGCGGGAAGGCCUUCCGCGACGCCGCCUACCUGCUCAAGCACCAGGCGGCGCACGCGGGUGCGGGCGCGGCGGGGCCUCGGCCCGUGUACCCCUGCGACCUGUGCGGCAAAUCCUACUCUGCGCCCCAGAGCCUGCUCCGGCACAAGGCGGCGCACGCCCCGCCUGCCGCCCCUGACGCGCCCAAGGACGCCGCGGCCUCGGUCCCGCAGCCCCCGCCGGCCUUCCCUGCGGGCCCCUACCUCCUGCCCCCUGACCCUCAGGCCACGGACAGUGAGAAGGCCGCGGCGGCCGCGGCGGCAGUGGUCUACGGCGCCGUGCCAGUCCCGCUGCUGGGGGCGCACCCGCUGCUGCUCGGCGGGGCUGGGACCAGCGGGGCGGGGGGCUCUGGCGCCAGCGUGCCUGGAAAGACCUUUUGCUGUGGCAUCUGUGGGCGGGGCUUCGGGCGGCGCGAGACUCUGAAGCGCCACGAGCGCAUCCACACGGGCGAGAAGCCCCACCAGUGCCCCGUGUGCGGGAAGCGCUUCCGGGAGUCCUUCCACCUGAGCAAGCACCACGUGGUGCACACCCGUGAGCGGCCCUACAAGUGUGAGCUCUGCGGCAAAGUCUUUGGCUACCCACAGAGCCUCACCCGCCACCGCCAGGUGCACCGGCUCCAGCUGCCCUGCGCCCUGGCUGGGGCUGCUGGCCUCCCGGCCACCCAGGGCACGCCAGGGGCCUGUGGGCCGGGCGCCUCGGCCACCUCUGCGGGGGCCGCCGAUGCACUGAGCUACGCCUGCUCGGACUGUGGCGAGCAUUUCCCCGACCUCUUCCACGUGAUGAGCCACAAGGAGGCUCACAUGGCAGAGAAGCCCUAUGGCUGUGACGCGUGCGGCAAGACCUUCGGCUUCAUUGAGAAUCUCAUGUGGCACAAGCUGGUCCACCAGGCAGCCCCCGAGCGCCUGCUCCCGCCAGCACCCGGCGGCCCCCAGCCCCAGGAUGGCUCCGGCAGCGCCGAUGCAGCCAGUGUGCUGGACAACGGCCUGGCGGGAGAGGUCGGGGCAGCUGUGGCUGCUCUGGCCGGGGUGUCCGGGGCUGACGACACCAGCGGGACAGCGGUGGCUGGGGGCAGUGGGGGGGCCAGUUCAGGCCCUGAGCGCUUCAGCUGUGCCACGUGUGGCCAGAGCUUCAAGCAUUUCCUGGGCCUGGUGACUCACAAGUACGUGCACCUGGUGCGGCGGACCCUAGGCUGUGGCCUCUGCGGCCAGAGCUUCGCGGGGGCCUACGACCUGCUCCUGCACCGCCGCAGCCACCGGCAGAAGCGGGGCUUUCGUUGCCCGGUGUGUGGCAAGCGCUUCUGGGAGGCGGCCCUGCUGAUGCGCCACCAGCGCUGCCACACUGAGCAGCGGCCCUACCGGUGCGGGGUGUGUGGCCGAGGCUUCCUGCGCUCCUGGUACCUGCGGCAGCAUCGUGUGGUGCACACCGGCGAGCGAGCCUUCAAGUGCGGCGUCUGCGCCAAGCGCUUCGCGCAGUCCUCCAGCCUGGCGGAGCAUCGGCGGCUGCAUGCUGUGGCCCGGCCCCAGCGCUGCGGCGCCUGCGGCAAGACCUUCCGCUACCGCUCUAACCUGCUGGAGCACCAGCGGCUGCACCUGGGGGAGCGAGCCUACCGCUGCGAGCACUGCGGGAAGGGCUUCUUCUACUUGAGCUCGGUGCUGCGCCACCAGCGCGCCCACGAGCCCCCGCGGCCUGAGCUCCGCUGCCCGGCCUGCCUCAAGGCCUUCAAAGACCCUGGCUACUUCCGUAAGCACCUGGCGGCCCACCAGGGCGGCCGGCCCUUCCGCUGCUCCUCCUGUGGCGAGGGCUUUGCCAACACCUACGGCCUCAAGAAACACCGGCUGGCCCACAAAGCUGAGGGCCUGGGGGGUCCUGGGGCAGGGGCGGGCACCUUGGCGGGAAAGGAUGCCUGACCAGGAGGGAGGGGUUCCCUUCGCGGCUCCAAUCAGAUGUCCCCUCCCACACUCACCCCUCCCCAGCUGCUGAUCAGAUUCUUACCCCUCCUCGCUGUGGCCCCGGCCAUCCUUCAGGACUUCAGACAGACUAGCCUCCCUUAUGGCCCAUGCCCUACAGACUCAAGACUGGAUCGCUCCCAUCCUGAACCUGUCUGGCCCUCCUCUCACCCUGCCAGCCACUGAACUUGAUUCUCCACCCAACCCCCGUUUUGUAACCUUCCUCAUUCUGUCCCCCAAUAAGCUUUGGUGGAGGAUGUGGGUCUGAGCUGCCCCUCCCCAUUCCUUUGGGAUCUGGCUGGAAGGUGGAGUAUGAGUGGAGCCGAGAGGGCACAAGGGGACUGGGUGCUCUUUUGGAUUGUGGGGGUGGGGGCGGGGGGCAGACGCGGCUUGUACAGAGCGGAGAAAAAUAAAUCUUACCAACAGG